CGUCAUGAGCGGAGGGGGAUGCAGGUGGGGUGGGAGGAAGAGGAGCGGCUGCUGGGCUUGUACUUGCGGUAACUAGCGUGAUAAGAAACCCGCUGUUUUUGACGGGUCCAAACAGAGGGGAGAAGUUAACGUUCUCUGACAGACGGCGAGCUCCAUUUGGUCUGGAACCCACACAGGAGUGGUGUAAUGAGCCUGGAGGAGUGAAAGAGGCAGGUGUCUCAGUACAGUUUGGACAAAGUUGGAGGCCAGACAAGGAUGCUGGAGACUGACACAGACCCAGCAGGUGAAGAAGCAGAGGGGAUAGCAGACAUGGGGAGCAGAGACUUGAAGGCUGAGGUGGCGCGGCUUACUCUGGAGCUCCACGAGGCCACGGAGGAAAAGCUACAGGCAGCCCGCUAUGGCCUGGUUGUGUUGGAGGAAAGUGCUGCCCUUAAGAUGAAACACAGGCAGCUGGAAGAGGAGCACGAAGCCCUAAAACUGGAGCUACAGCAGCUCAAAGAGGCCUUUGCAGAUUCUGUGAGCAGCCAGAAGCGAGCGGCUGCUGAUGGAGAGUGCCGGGAAGAGAGUCUUCUGCAGGAAACCGCCUCGAAAGAGGCUGCCAUGGCAACAAGGAUGGAGGAAGUUCAGGCAGAGCUCAAACAAGCUCGUCUUGCUCUUAGCAAUGCCCACGCAGAGCUUGACCGACUGGGGGUGCUCUCCACCCAGCUUAAAAAGGAGUGUGAGUGUCUGGAGGCAGAGAAGGGCCAUCUCAGGGAUGAAAUGAAGGAAUAUAAAGUACGUGAGCUGCGUCAGUUGCAGGACAAUGGUGAACUGGAAGAAGAGAACAUAUCUUUGCAAAAACAGGUGUCUGUGCUCAAGGAAAACCAGGUUGAGUUUGAAUCAAUAAAGCUCGAGAUGUCUCAGAAGAAUGAGGAACAAGACGAGCUACGGGCACAGCUGGAGGAGGCAGCCAGGCUGAGGGAGAUCGCAGAGAGGCAGCUGGAUGAGGCGCUUGAAGCCCUGAAGGAGGAACGGGAGCAGAAGAACACUCUGCGGCGAGAGCUCUCUGCCCUGACCCUUAACCCCUUUGAUUCUGUGGGGAACCUGGAGCUCCACUUAGAUGACAGUCAGGAGGAGGGCCAGGAGGGAGAGGGUGAAGCUGAGGAGGAGAACCAGGACAGGAAUAAUGGUUCAGGAUCUGCUCAGUCAGGUGGCUCCAGAAGUAACGGARUCAUCCAUCGUUACUCCACGCCACGCAACACCGACGUGUUCCUGCGUGCGCCAGCAUCAGGGCUGGUGUCGGACCUGCUGAGUGAGCUCCACUUUUCAGACAGUCAGAAACUCAAACAGCAGCUCCUGCAGGCAGAAAGAGAUAAGUCCAGUUUGACCAGUAAGGUGGAGGAGCUGCAGAUGCAGCUGAUGAUGUCCAAACAGGCACUCAGUCAGCAAGAAGACAAGGUUGGUUCUCUGACGCAACAGCUGGAAGCUGUGCAGAGUACUCAGCAUCAGRACCAAGAAGCAGAGGUCAAACAGGAGACUGAAACUGGAGAUGACAGCGCCGUCUUCGACUACGAGGUAGACACCAGGAGCAAGGAGGUGCUGGAUGCCCGAAUGCGCGCAGCUAGCGAAGAGCUUCUGACGCUGCGAGAUGAACUGUCUCAGGCAGGAACUCGUUACAACGCCCUGGAGUUAAAGUACAAGCAGGAGAAGGAUCGUUGGAGGACUGAGGCCCAGGAGCUGGCUGACAAGAUCCGUCAGUGCAUCAAGUCCAGCAAGCAAGACCAGGAGCGCAUCGGCGAGCUGGAGAAGGAGAUCGGAGUCACGCGGAAAGUGGCGACCGAUUCCGAAGGGCACCUGAGCGUUGCCCAGGAAGAGCUGCUGGCCUUCUCCGAGGAGCUGUCGAACCUCUACCACCACAUCUGUGUGUGCAACAACCUAACACCAAAACGGGUCACCUUGGACUAUUACCGCGACGGCGCCAGGGCGAGCGGCAGCGGAGGAGGACGAAGACCACACCACAUAUACUCGCAGCACAACUCCCAGAAGAAGCCUCGAGCCAACGACGCGUUCAUCUCCAAAGCCUCAGCGCUGCAGUUUAUGGGGGAGGUGGACAGCGCCGGAGCCACUGGGGACACUCUUUCUUGCCCCGGAUCCCCCACGCUGGAUUUCAGGGACCCCUCCAACGUGUCCAACUUGGUCGCUGUCAUUCGUUGCCAGAUCAAGCACCUCAGGGUGGCUGUGGACCUGUGUCGUCAGAAGGGGGUGAUGCCUUACUCUGGUCUGAGCAGCAGACCCGAGUCAGAGCGGGAAACUGAAAACCUGAUGGAGGAAGUCCUAAAGCUGAAAUCUCUUCUCAGCACAAAGAGAGAACAGAUUGCUACUCUGAGAACUGUCCUCAAGGCUAACAAACAGACUGCUGAACUGGCUUUGUCCARUUUGAAGACCAAGUAUGAGACAGAGAAGUGCAUGGUGUCAGAGACCAUGAUGAAACUGCGAAACGAGCUGAAAACCCUGAAGGAGGACGCUGCCACCUUCUCUUCACUCAGAGUCAUGUUUGCCAGUCGGUGUGACCAGUACAUCACGCAGCUGGAUGAGAUGCAGAGGCAGCUCGCGGCUGCAGAAGACGAGAAGAAGACUCUGAAUUCCCUGCUGCGUAUGGCCAUCCAGCAGAAGCUGGCUCUCACCCAGCGUCUGGAGGACCUGGAAGCGCCUCAGUAUCCGCACAGUCUGAACAGCAGCCCCCGCCGCUCUCGGGCCAAAGAGCUCGUGACCAAGUCGGGCCGGGCCCCCCGGAGCCCCCGCAGCAGCCCUGCUCGGCCCCAGCUGAGGAGCAGCUCGCGAGCUAGCCCGGUUCUCGGCAGCAGCGUCCCCGCCUCAGCUACGCACCACCUGCGAACGCUGACUCGAAGUCUCAACACCAGCCCUCGCUGAACUCCUCUCAUCACUCCAAAACCCCUCUUCUCUCUAAGGACCUGUCUUCAUGUUGACUCCCUCCUCCCCUCUGAUUCAGCACCUCCUGUCCAUCCCAGAUACCAAUGCCACGUCACCCUCUCUGUCCACCUGCAUCAAGGACUGAAAAAACAAAAUAUUUAAACCGAACUCUCUCCUCCAACCCUGUCGGUCUUCUUUAUUUGGGAGUGGAGAAACCUGCAUGCAGCCUGGAGAAGGAUGAAGAGAGAAACGAGCUGCUUGUUUUGUUGUUGUUUUUUUGUUUCGUCUGAAAUGAGUACCCCGUUCUUUCUCAUCUUGUUGAAGACUCGAUGUUGUGGUGACCCUUCGACAGUAUUUCUCCUGUAAUCAGAGCCGUGUCGUGCAGUUCCUGCUGUCCUCUGACUCUGGUUCUUGGCUGUGAUCUGUUCUCAGAAGACAUUGUCUUCACACUUUUGCCUUUACUUCUCAUUCUGGUCAAACCCUGUCAGUUUAGUGUUACCAAGAUCAUUUAUAAUAACGCCCCCUGAUUGUUGCUGUUACAGCAGUGUAGCCUUAUUAACUGAACCUUUAAAGUAGUUGUGAAAGCUUUUAUUUAAACCUGUGACAUCACUUGUCCUGUGACUUUGGCCUGUCAGCUUCAGUAAGGAUGGUGUUUUAUGUGGAAAUAGAUCAGCCAUAAGUCCACCGCCUCAGGUCAAACCACACGUCUUCAGCCAGACGAUUUGACAAAUCUAUACUUAAUGUUGGAACUAUGCAGUCGGAGCCAGGAUGAUGUGCUGCAGACUCCUGGUGACUUCAUCCACUCCUCACUUCAGUUAAACACUGGCUGGCUGCAGCUUCUUUUACAAACACUGAGAAAAGAAGCAGCGUUUAGAGGUGAUUUCAGAUCCAAAGUGCAAACACUCCUGUCUUCUUGAUGAUAUGGGGCUUUUUAAAAAACACUCAGAUCUCUGACUUGAUUACAGUAAUAAUAGAAUUUAGUUUUUUUCUUACUCUGUAGAACACCGAAUCAACUAUAAUCAUGUUGUUAUCACCGUACUUGUGUUUGUGACCAAAAUAUUCUCACCCAGCGUUACUCACAACAACGACUCUCCUGUUUUUGUUGCUGCAGAUUCAAAUGGUUUCUGUUAAGGAUGAUAAAGGGAUCAACAGGUGUGUUUAAAGUUGUGGAAAAUUUCAAGUAGUCAUUCCAAAUUGUUCCCAAAAUCUAAUGCAUGAAGGCAAAAAGCUAAUAUCACAGUUCUCAGUCCUGUAGAGGCCUCCAGCACAAAGACAAACCAGACAUGAUCUAUUGAUCACUCUUUAUUGGAUUGGUUUGAGUUGAGCGAUGCCAACGCUGUUAUUGAGUUAUGUCGGAUGAAUUUGGUGCUAUAAAAUCACCUACAUUAUUACCAAGAUCUGAAAAUCAAAUUGAGCUGAUUCUCACAAUCAUGAUUAAUUUUAUCAAACAGCUGUCAGCCCUGUAUUCUCCCCAGGUCAAUUUCCUGAUCAAUGAUCAAUGAUUUAACUCUGGAGUAACAUCCUGCUGAUAUCUUUUUUCUUUUGGUGCCUUGAGUUCUUUUCUUAACUAUUUCCUCCUUUUCUUCUAACUAAUCUUUUAUUAAGUAAUCUUGUAUUUCCUGAUGUAUGUUUUAUUUGCUUUUUGAAAAGGCUCAUUAAGCACGUUUAGCACUUGAUUCUCGUUUUGAUCAAAUAUUUACACGUCCCAGCUUGCAUUUUCUGUAUAAAUUGACUAAAUGAAUUGCUUCACAUUAGCCUGCCCUAAUAUUAAUGACCUCCAUCUAUAUAUUUAUUGUGCAGUGUUACUGUAAAGGAAUCAUGAAGAAAUUAUCUAAAUGUAUAAAAGAACUUGUAGGUACUGCUGGGCUGCUGUAAAGUUUGGAAUUGGACCGUUAAGAAUUUCUGUAAAAAGUGGAAAUGCUAGCRUUACGAUGAAGGCUGUAAAUGGAUUUUUCAAUCUAUUUAUUUAACUUUGAGUCUAUUUAAUUCACUCUGUGUAGUUUCAUUGACCAUUGUUGUAUAAUAUCUGUGUAAAUGUAGAAGUUCUCCAUCACUCUGCAGAACCCGUUUGAAGCCCCUCGACAUUUUAAGUGUAUAAAAGAUGACCUCAUGAAGAAUAAAGUCAACACUGUUCACUGAG